AUGUCUUCCUCCAACACGGCACCCCAGGACGUCAAGCCCGACUGGGCCGUCCUCGACGGCCGCGAGAAGCCUACCCAGACCGGUGUGGAUGACGACGCGGCCCUGCGUGACAUCAAGCCUGUCAUCCCCGGUCUCGAAAAGCAAGGCAUUGACUUUGUUAAGACUCGCCCUGGGGGCGACAUUCCAAGGCAACCCGGCCAUAUCGAGAUCUUUCUGGAUGGGACCAAGGAAGGAGUACACUAUAAGCGCGACUUGAUUGUGUUUCCCCAACACACCGUUCUGCAGAUUAAGAAGUAUCUCCACGACUACUACGGCUACAAGAUCGCGAAGCUCCGCUUGAUCUACGACGGCAGCAUUCUCGCCAAUGACGAUACCAUGGGCCGCCUCGAGGUGGAGGAGGGCGACACCUUUGACGUCUACCUGGAGCGCACGCCUGCUCGUGUCUCGAGAUGA